CAGCUGCCGUUCGUGUUCAACAUAACCUGAAAAUUAUUGUUUUGAUUUGAACUUAUAUUUUUGUAAUUCGUUACCAUUUGCAUGCAAAUACAGCUAAAACCGGCAGUAAAGCUUUUCAAACCAGCGAAUUAUUGAUUAAUAUUGUCGUAUAAUGGCUUCAAAAGAAGGAGGCGGUGAUAAGGCAAAGGGUCCUCAAGGAGCAGGAGACGGAAAAGAGAAGCGAAGGAAAGAGUCUAUUCUCGACUUGAGUAAAUACUUGGAGAAGAGUAUACGAGUAAAGUUUGCCGGAGGUCGAGAGGCCGCCGGCAUUUUGAAGGGUUAUGAUCCGCUGCUCAACUUGGUGCUCGACAACACCACAGAAUUUCUAAGAGAUCCUGAUGACCCUUACAAACUGUUAGAUGACACUAGAGCAUUAGGACUAGUGGUGUGCCGAGGAACCUCUGUGGUGCUGAUCUGUCCCAUGGAUGGAAUGGAAGCCAUUCCAAACCCCUUCAUCACUCAGGAAGGAUAGUGUAAUGUAUCUUUUAUAUAUUAUAAGUCUACAUUAAAUAAUUUAAGGACCA